GAUAAAUGUUGGUGAAGUCUUUUAAGUGUGUUGUUGGGCUGUGAGCAGUGUAUUUGGAAUUGGAAGUAAAUUUUGCUACAAACUCUUCCACCACAAGUGUAUAGCAAAAAUUUUGUGCUAUUUUUGUGGGAUUUUUUGGGAACACAGAAAGAUAUGGGGCUCUCAAACUUUCCAAGUCCAGCUGAGGGAGUACUUCCUGUGCUAGUAAUGAACACAGUUCUGUCAGUGGCUUUCUUGAAGAACAUGGUGAGGUCUUUGCUCCAAGUGACGGGUGCUACUGCUAGUGAUCAAAAUCCUUCAAAUUUAGAGGAAGACCCAGAUGGGUGUGCUCAAAAUGCAAGGGAGAGACGCAUUUCAAUAACCCAGUUCAAGUCUUUGUGCCAAAACAGGUCCAUUAAGCUUGGCAGCACAAGUAAAAUUAGAGGUGGAACUUGUACUAGUAGUAGUAGUAAUGGGUGCACAAUGGAAUGCUGUGUGUGUCUAUGUAGAUUUGAAGCUGAAGAGGAAGUGAGUGAAUUGUCUUGCAAGCAUUUUUUCCACAAAGGUUGCUUAGAGAAGUGGUUCGAUAACAAGCAUACUACAUGCCCUAUUUGUCGCUCUAUGGACUAGAAGAAGAAUUAAUGGCUUUGUUGGAUGGAUACUCUGAAAUUUACAGCUUUAUUUUUUCUCUAUGUACUUUUUCCUUUUGUCAUCUUUUUAUUUUUUUUGAGCAAAAUUAGAGAAAGUUAUGUGACAAUUUUGCUUUCAUUGAAAUAAUUUUGCUUUCCUUGA